AUGAUUGUUAAACGCAAGAGAGACACUUCCGUUGUGUCAAGGCCGAAAAAGACCGAGGCCCCAAGCCCCCCGCCAGCAGACAACGCUCAGGAUAUCUUCCGCAAAUACUUCGAGGCGCAAUUCGAACCUAUAGAGGCGGCUCCGGCGCAGCCUGCGGAAGAGUCCGAGUCGGAAGAGGAUGACGAAGAUUACAACGAGGAGGAUGACGAUGAGAAUAUGGGCUCUGAAGAUGGGUGGGAUGGAGUCUCUGAAGAAGACGAGGACGAGCACAGAGUUGAGGUCGUUGAGCACAAGGACGCCAACGAGAAUGAAGAUGAGUUGAUGCAAAAGCAAUUGCGCAAGGCCUUCUUGAAUGGAACACCCACCUCAGACAUCCUCGCAAAGUUGACAUCAAAACCGAAGACGAAAGAAGAUAAGGAAGAUGAGGCCGGGGAGGCCGAUAACUUCAAGCACGAUCUUGCACUUCAACGACUCCUCAAAGAAUCACACCUCCUUGACUCCGCGGAUGACCUGGCGCCGACAGGCAAGAACCGACUGAAGGCUCUGGACUUGCGCAUGCAAGAACUCGGAGCGAAGUCCUCGCUCUAUAAGCAGAAAAUGCCUGAUGCUCACCGACGAGGUAUCAAUGCGAAGGCAGCAUCAAAGGAUGAAAAGCGACGUCGUGAAGCUAAGGAAAACGGCAUUAUCCUCGAGCGGCCCUCGAAGGUCUCAAAAUCCAGCAAUAAUGGACGGAGAGAGCGCGGUGUCGGAGGUGCUUCUAUUGGAAAAUUCUCCGGUGGUACAUUGAACCUGAGCAAGCAGGAUCUGUUCUCUAUGAAGAGCAAACCAAGCCGCUCUUCAAGGGGUGGCAGAGGUGGCCGCGGUGGUCGCGGUCGCGGCGGGGGCCGUGGUGGUAGAGGUGGUAGGGGUGGCGGAGGCAACUUCUGA